UGUUUCAUUUCCUUGUCUUUCUUCCAUUUUGUCAAUCUUCUAGAGACACUAUACAUUCAUAAUAGUAUAGAUAUUCAUCCUUUGAUUAUUUGGUUCACUUACACAACAAAAGCCUAUCCUUUAAUCAAUCCGGAGACUGACCCAAUAGAAAUAUUUUCAAUCUUCUUAAGUCUUUCAGGCCAUCAACAAACCAUAUAUGGCAGACCCAACUUCAUAUGUAAUAAAACCAGUUGUGGAUAUCAUCCUUAAGAGUACUACCAAGUCGAUCCGGGAGGAGUUUUCUAGGGUCCAUGGAAUCAAGAAAGUUAUAAAGGACCUGGAAAGUAAGCUCACUAGUAUUCAAAGUGUGGUUGAAGAUGCUGAGAACAAGCAAGUGAAUGAGCCACAUCUGAAAGAUUGGCUCAGAAAGCUCCAGGAUGCAGCUUCUGAUGCUGAAGACAUAUUGGAUGCUUUUACUACAGAAGCCUAUCUUUGGAAACAAAGGCAGAAGGAACAUAAAUUCCCGACUACUCUGAGUAUAAGCAGAACAUCCUAUAAAAGGGAUGCAGCGCAUAAAAUCAAAAAAAAUUUAGAAAGAUUCGAUAGGAUUGCCAAAGAAAAAGAAGCUUUCCAUCUCAACAUCAAAGUUAAUGGCGGUGAUAUUGUGAGCCCAAAUUACACAGGCUAUUUUGUGGACAAGUCAGGCGUAGUUGGCAGGGAGGAUGAUAAAGAAAGGAUAAUGCAUAUGCUGCUAUCGAAUGAAUUCGAUAAAGAAGGAGACGUUUCUGUGAUUCCCAUCAUAGGGAUGGGGGGCUUGGGAAAAACAACUCUUGCUCAACUUCUCUUCAAUGACGAAAGGGUAAAUGAGCAUUUUGAAGCCAAAAUGUGGGUCUGCGUCACAGUCCAAUUUGAUCUGACCAGGAUUCUCAAAGAAAUGAUACAAUUUCAUUCUAAGAUGAAAUUGGAUGACAGCUCCACAAGCGACCUACAAUCCCGGCUUCUAGAAUACAUGGUUGGACAAUGUUUCUUACUUGUUCUAGAUGAUGUCUGGACUGAGGAUUACCUAAAAUGGGAGCCCCUAAAGGAUCUCUUGAAACAAGGGGCAAAGGGAAGCAGAGUCUUGGUCACCAGUCGGAUUACCAAGGUUAAGGAUAUCAUGGGUACACAGCCUCCCCAUCUUUUGGGGUAUUUGCCCGAAGAGGAAUGCUGGUCUUUGUUUGCAAAAACUGCAUUUCAGGGUGUCAGUUUGUCCAGCCAAAGGCAGGAAGUCUUGGAAGACAUUGGUAGAGAAAUCGUCAGAAAGUGCAAAGGUCUCCCAUUGGCAGUCAAGGCAAUCGGAGGUCUCUUACGUGGUUGCGCUGAUGAUGUAAACAAGUGGAGGAAAAUUCAAAGCAGUGAAAUAUGGGAGAUAGAGGAAGAGAACUCCGGAUAUGACAAGCCCAAAAUUUUGGCUAUUCUGAAAUUGAGCUAUGACCAUCUACCUUCUCAUCUAAAGCGCUGUUUUUCUUACUGCUCCUUAUUUCCUAAGGCAUACAUUUUCCACAAGGAAGAGUUGGUCAAGCUCUGGCUUGCGCAAAGGUUUAUACAAGCUCAAGAACGAGAAGGAAGAGGAGACUGGAAUCAAAUAUUUUGAUGAGCUCUUUGUAAGGUCCUUCUUUCAAGUUUCAGUCAUUGACAACAAGGAGAUAUUCAACAUGCAUGAUCUUAUCCAUGACUUGGCACUAUCAAUUUCAAGCCCCAGUUGUUGUCUAAUUAAUGAUAAUGAGCCAUACAAUUUCUGUGAACAACAUCGUCAUAUGAGCUUGGUUGGUAAUGAUGUUGAGCAGCCUAUGUUGAAGAUUGUUGAGAAGGCUACAAAGUUGCGGUCACUUCUAUUUCCUAGUCACCACUUGAAAAACUUUGGUCAGGCCCUGGACAAAGUAUUUCGUACAAUGGAAUGCAUACGGACCUUGGAUCUUAGUUCAAGUGCAAUCUUGGAAUUGCCUAGCUCAAUUGAAAAGUUGAAGUUGCUACGCUACCUUGACCUCUCUAGAACAGAAAUCAAAGUUCUCCCCAACUCAAUUUGCAAACUCUACUAUUUGGAAACAUUGAAACUGUUGGGGUGCCCUUAUCUUUUCGAAUUGCCCAAGGACCUAAGGAAGUUGGUUAAUUUGCGACAUUUGGAGCUUGAUGAUUUAUUCUGGGUCAAGUUCUCCAUCCUGCCACCAAACGUGGGGGACAUAACCUCUCUGCAUGAUUGGCAUGUGUUUCAGGUCAGCCACAAGACUGGAUAUAGAAUUGAAGAACUAAAGAACAUGACAUAUCUUUCAGGAACAUUGCAUAUCUCAAAGCUAGAAAAUGCAGUUAAUGCAGGAGAGGCUAAGUUGAACCAGAAGAAAUACCUUCAGAAGUUGGUGUUUGAAUGGAGUGACAGGAUUGUCAAUACACAUGAUGAAGCAACUGAAAAGAGUUUCCUUGAAGACCUACAACCUCACUUAAACCUCAAAGAGCUCCAAAUAUGUCAUUACAGGGGCAAUGAAUUUCCAGCUUGGAUGAGAGAAGGGCAGCUCCAAAAUUUGGUCAGAGUUACCUUGAAUGAUUGCACAAAAUGCAGAACUCUCACUCUAGGUGAGCUACCCAAUCUUGAAGUGCUCUACAUCAAAGGUAUGCUGGAGUUGGAGAAAUGGCCUGACGUUGAAUGCCCUUCCCUCGAGUGGCUAAAGUUUAGCAACUGCCCCAAGCUAAGGGAGCUGCCCAACGUCUUUCCUAUGUUGAGUUUCCUGAAGAUCAAAAGGUGCAAAUCCUUAAGGGCGCUUCCAGUGGUUCUAAGUUUGAAGACUCUAAAGCUUAUUGACAAUCCUAUUCUGGAGGAUUGGCAUGGAACAUGGAUUACUUGGGAGGCUAUAGAUGAUCAAGGCCAAUGGUCAAGUGGGGAACAAUGGUCCUUCGAAAAUUUGUUGGAACUGAAUGUUAUAAGCUGCCCUAAGCUGAAGGCACUGCCAAAAUACUUUGAUCCAGAAAAGUUGGAGAUCAGCGGGUGUGAGUUGUUAGUUGCUCUCCCAGAACAACAUUUUGCCCAACGUCUUCGGCAUUUAGCACUAUAUGCCUGUCGUGAUGGAACCUUAGUGAGGGCAAUACCAAAUACCAGCUCUCUAUGCUCACUGGUUAUAUCCGGCAUCUCAAACCUCAUCUUACUUCCAAAAUGGCCCCAACUUCCUGGCCUCAAGGUGUUGUACAUUCAUGAUUGCAAAGAUUUGAUGUCUUUGUCCGAGAGCAAAGAAGGGUCUCUGCUAACUUUGAUAUCUCUCACACUACUUUCCAUCCGAAACUGUCCAAUGCUUGUGACAUUAACUGAGGAGCUACCUGCUACGCUGGAGUGUUUGAGUAUUGGCUCAUGACCCUUUCUGCAGCAUCUAGGCUCCAAGGGGAUACUGAAAAACCUCCAUUCACUCAAGGACCUUUACAUUGAGGACUGCCCUAUGCUCCAGUCCUUGCCUGAGGAUCGGCUUCCCAGCUCGCUUCAACAUUUGCAAAUACAAAAGUGUCCACUAUUGACAAAGCGAUGUCAAAAGGAGGGAGGAAGCGGAGGAGGUCCAGAUAGGCCAAAGGUUAUGCACAUUCCUGACCUGGAGAUUGAUUUCCCUAAAGAUUCUUCAACAUCAGCUUUGCCCUAGAAGAAACCAUCAGAACCAGCUUGCUAUCGUCUUCUUCCACUCCCUGGAGGGAUAGAAAUAAUUGAUGCACAACCAAAUAAAAAACAACCAAAUUCAUCUCGCUUAAAGCAAAGUCACAAAGGGGCCAUUGCCACAGAGGUCUAUUGGAGUGAUCAUAUUGAUGCAGACGAAGACGAAGCUGUUGAUGAGGUACUAAAUGAACCAAAAGCAGAAUGGGAAGAGACCGGGUUCAAACUAUCUUUUUCAGUAACUCAAGGCUAAUCAAGCUCCACAAAGUUUACAUCUUAAAAUCCCUUUUGCUACUAACAGUCAGUUCUCAUUGUAUUGUAUCUAUUAUGAAGGAUUCCUCCAAUGAAUUCACCAGACAAGCAUCAGGUCGGGGUUCUUCUGAGUCUAUGGACAGGAUUAGGCAUGAAGAGGGUUCUACUGAGUCUAUUGACAGUGAGGACGAUGAUAUGAAGUCCUUUUACACUUCCUUGGGAGCGGAUUCUCAGUCUGCAUCCAACAGUUUCAUUACAAAUGUCCAGUCCCAGAAAACCAGGCCAGGUCAAUUCAACAUAGACAAGGCUUUGGACAUGGUAAAAAAUGUAUUAGCAACCGACUUCUCUUCUGCAUGUCAUCCUGGUUGUUCCAUUUCUUUGAAUUCAGCAUUAGAAUUCUUGUGUUACAUAGAUGAAAAUGAUGGCAUCUCGGUUAAAAUGAAAGACCUAUUUGCUUCAAAUCUCAAAGGACUUCACAGUUCUGAAAAUCCGUUUCUACCAAGCCAGUGACACCAUCCAAAGGUGCACCAAUCUGAUCAAGCCUAUGGCUGAGAUAGCAUCUCAACUAGAUGAGAAUAAACAAAAGUUCUUGAAACUCAAUUCAGUUGAGGCAACAAUUCAAAGGAGUAUUAUUGAGGCUGAAACACAGAUCAAUGAGCACAUGCACGACAAAGUUGGAAGGAGUAUCUCUGGAGCUGAAGGACAGAUAAAUGAGCUAAAACAAAAAAUAGAUUCUUUGACAAAACAAAAGGAAAAAGCAAAGCAAGAAAAGAAAACAAUCUAUUCUGAUGGAAAGAAGCUGAAGGAAAAGUGGGAUGCGGCAGCUAAUGCAGAGGAGGAGAAGAAGGAAGCUGAGAGGAUAAAGAGGGAGAUUGAAGAAAAGUGGUCGGACUACAACAAACAGUUUGAGAACUUGACAUGCAAUGGAGGAAUCAACAUGAAUAAUAUAGGCCAGGCUGAAGAACAACCAAAUUAAUUCACUUCGAUUAAUGCUAAAGCCAAAAGGGUAAAUUUACAAUAAUCUGUAUUACUGACAUCAGACCAAGUUGGAUAUAUAAUUUUGUGCUUAUGUAUGUAUGUGAGAGAGAGAGAGAGAGAGAGAGAGAGAGAGAUUCAUGUUGAAAGGGAGGUCACUUCAAAAUGUUUGCAGGAAAAAAUUCAAAAGUGAAGAUGCUGGAGCCAAAAUAAUCAUCUGCUAGGAGCAUAUCAUAGUGCAGGCCCAGCAUAACAUAGAGUUCUGAACGAAGUUAUACACAUCAAACAUUAAGCUAUUCAUGAUGAAAAAAUUAAGCAACUGCAACUUUGAAGGAAUUAUAAAGGAUUAUAUGCUGAUAUUGUUCCAGUUGUUAUGCAGGACGUCAGAUACAGGUCAUUCUUGUGCAUAUAAGGAAUUCUAUCCAAAAUAGGAUUAUGUGUAGCCAUUGCAGAAUUCCUUCAGUUUUUUAUUCGAGUUAGGUGCUGCUUUUUUUAUCUUCUUGUUCUACAGCUGGCUGAAUGUAGUUAGUUACUUAGUUUGGUUUUGUUUUGAUGACAGUAUAAUUUGCAGCUGGUUUGUAAUGUUGUUUUUGUUGAAUAAAAUCUAGCUCAUUCAAAAUAAAUAAAUAAAGAAGAUUGCAUUGCUGGUUUGAAA